AUGGCGGCAGUCCUGUUCAUGGACUUUGCCUACAACAUCAACGACCGGCUCUACUCGUCGGCCGUGGAGGCGCGACGCCGACUGAUGAGCUCGGAGGCCUACAAGGGCCGGCUCGCAGUGAUGCUCUGCGCCUCCGCGCUCCUGCUGCUGGCCUCGAUCGGUGCAGCCAUCGCCAUUUGCCAUUGGGUGCCCGACGUGACCUGGCUGGUGCUCAGCGCUAUCGGAGGCUCUGCAGUGCUGCUGCUGCUGAGCAUUACCGAGUGGUGCGAGCACGGGUCUUUGAUGACUUCCAGCGUGAUGCUCGCGUACAGCGUGUACCUCUGCUACCAGGUGGCGGAGAUUCGGCCCAACACCGACGACCUCGAGGAGCUGCCCACAACGCUGUUCGGCUUGCUGGUACCUGCCGCCUCCCUGGCCUACUUCGCCAUCAGCAGAAGUCCGGCCAGGCACCUGGCGGGGCGCGGCUCGGCGCGGGUUGAGGCAGACGAUGCCUUUGACGCCAACGACUUUCUGCUGCGCUGCGGCGUGCACUUUCUGGCGGACUUCUACGUCACCUCCGUGCUGGCGCCCCGAGGAGUCCAGCAUCUCUGA